UGCAACUUCGCUCUUCCUUGCAUAUCUUGACAGUUUGGGAUUUUGUGGGUUUUUGUUUUUCUCCUAACAUGUUGACAUUCAACAUGGCGGCAUGUCGUCAGUGCUGUGCUGUGUCGUGCUUGUGUAACUAAGAACCUCAAAAUUUAGAAUAGAAAAUUUGAAGUAACAAGUAUCUAGCGCAACUACGGGCCUUGCAAAAAUUAUGAGCAUUACAGCACAAUACGCACCCAGCACGCAUUGAAGACAUCUGAGGAUUUUUAUUUAAUUUUUCAUACGUUUCAUACAAAAUUUGAGUGACUGUGAGUUGUUAUUUAUUUUAUAUAUCAUUGGAUUGUCUUUUCACUUGAUAUAUUGUGAACUUGUUGGUAAUUAAGUAUAAUUAUUGUAUACUGUGAACGAAAUAAUUUUGAAGUGGGUAAUAUUUUGAUUCGGCUGCCAUAAUUGACUUUUGGGUGUAUUUAUUAAAUAAAUACCGAUUUUAACCGUUCUGUGAUAUUCACUACACUUAAGAAGCGAUAAAGUGCGAAAAAUAAGGAAAAAUCAUUGUACCAAAUAUGUCCACGAAUCCUCAGUGGAAGACGUUCCAGCCGCCCCCUGACACUCUCACUCAGGAUACAAGCAUCAUGGAUUUUAAAUCAAUGACCAGUACCGGGAAAACUUCACAAACAUUUAACUUCACUCGUUCAACAUCAUCAUCUCGUUUUGGCGAUUUUCCUUUGUUACAAGAGAAAUCGUUACAUUAUAAUAAUAGUGUGUAUGGAUCUUCAAGCACUACACAUACAUCGCCACGUUUUCCUAUUGGUACUUUUUCUAUAGAUAGUACCAAUAACGUCUUCAACAGCAGCGGCGACAAUUCUUUGAACAACACCAACAUCUUCUCGAAUGGCAAUAACAGUAGUAGUAGCUACAACAAUGACUCGUCUAACUCUUCGAACUUAGGUACUAGAGAAACUGGAAUCAUUGAGAAAUUGUUGCACUCUUAUGGAUUCAUACAAUGUUGUGAACGUCAGGCCCGUUUGUUCUUUCACUUCAGCCAAUUUAGUGGUAAUAUAGAGCAUUUAAAAAUUGGAGAUCCUGUUGAAUUUGAAAUGACCUAUGAUAGACGUACUGGAAAACCGAUUGCCAGUGCUGUUACUAAAAUUGCUCCAGAGGUAGUUAUGAGUGAAGAGCGUGUGACAGGAACGGUUACCACUGAGUUGAGAGCUGCAGAGGGUUCAGUUGGAGACACCACGGGGAGAAUCAGUUACGAAAAUCGGGGAGAAUGCUUCUUUUUGCCUUACACCAAAGAUGAUGUCGAAGGAAAUGUUACUUUACGAUCUGGCGAUAAAGUUAGCUUCCAAAUUGCUACUAAUAACCGUGGAAACCUUGGUGCCUGUCAUGUUAGAUUAGAAAACCCAGCUCAUCCUGUAAAAUAUCAAGGAGUUGUUUGCUCUAUGAAAGAGAGCUUUGGCUUUAUAGAAAGAGCAGACGUGGUGAAAGAAAUAUUUUUUCAUUUCUCUGAAGCAAAAACCAAAGAAGAAUUAAGAUUAGGGGACGACGUUGAAUACAUUAUUCAAACAAGAAAUGGAAAAGAGGUAGCUUGCAACAUUACACGGUUACCUCCCGGUACAGUAAUUUUUGAAGAUCUGAAGCCCGAUAUACUAAAAGGCCAAGUAUUAAAACCCAUAGAUCGUGGUCCACGAAAUCCAAAUGACGCAUUACCGGGCCGCAUUAGGUAUAGAGCUCCCGAUCAUUCUGAAGUCGAAAUAUCAUUUAGUGAAAAAGAUCAAAUGGGUGAUUUCACCCUUCGCCACGGUGAUUGGGUACAAUUUCAAGUUGCAACUGAUAGAAGGGAUGCUCUAGACAGAGCAACUCAUAUUUUGUUGUUGGACGAAAGUUUUAAGGUAUCAGGAGAGAAACGAGAACAGGGCGUGGUGUGCUCCGUAAAGGAAGGUUUUGGUUUCUUAAAAUGUGUCGAGAGGGAGGCAAGGCUGUUUUUCCAUUUUAAUGAAAUACUAGAUGUAGAACGCACCAACGAAGUGCAAGUUAACGACGAGUUUGAAUUUACUGUGGUUCAAGAUCAAACAAGCUCGAGUAUGUUUUCUAACAAUCGACAAAGUGCCAUUAGAAUGAAAUGGUUACCACCAGGUACUGUACAGUUUGAAAUUAGAAUAGAGAAUGAGCUUACGGGUAUUGUAACAAGUGACUUACCAUUGAGCAAUUGGAACAACAGAAGUCCUACAAAGAGCCAAAGCAGUGUGACUGGAGAAACAAAUAGUGAAUGCGGAUUAAUAGGUUACUGCAUUAACGGAAUCAAAAAGACUAUUUCAUUCUAUGCCAAGGAUUGCUGUGUUAAGCAAGUUCCAAGAGUUGGGGAUAAAGUUCAGUUUAAUAUCAAUCAAGUUAAAAGAAAUAAAGAAUUUAUUGCAACAGAUGUGGAAGUUAUACAACCAGCUGUACAAACAAAUGGAAUUAAGCACAGCAUCUCUAGAACCUCUACAGGGCCACUUUACCAAGGAUUCAUUGCUGCAUUAAAAGAUGGUUUUGGAUUUAUAGAAACUAUACAACAUGACAAGGAGGUUUUCUUCCAUUUUAGCAAUUUUGAGGGUGAAUCCACUAGUUUAGAUCUAGGCACAGAAGUCGAAUACAACUUGGGAACCCGUGGAAAUUCUGGUUCUUGUUCCUCUGCAGAGAAUGUCAAAGUAAUCCCAAAAGGUACAAUUGCUCUUCCAGAAUUCCGUGGGGAGAUUCUAGAAGGUACCGUGGUACGACCUCUUCGUUCUGUGAAUCCCGAUCAGACUGAAUAUUCCGGACUAAUUAGAACUAAAGCUGAAAAUCAAAAUGAAAAAGUUCAAGAAUAUGAAUUUGGAAUUAUGGGACUUGUAAAUAAACGGGAAUUACUUCAGAUUGGUGAUCAUGUUCAGUUUCAAGUAGAUACCACUGGUAGAGCUGCGAACAUAAUAGCCGUAAGAAAAAAAUUAAAAGCUACUGUUGACGCAAUUAAAGGACAUUUUGGAUUUCUCGCAUACGAAGUAGAGGAGGGGAAAAAACUGUUUUUCCAUAUGACAGAAGUCAAAGAUAACGUUAGUCUCCAAGUUGGUGAUACUGUAGAAUUUGUACUUGUUACCAAUCAUAGAAGUGGAAAAUCGUCAGCAUGUAAUGUUGUUAAAGUCAACGAUGUCCAAGCUAGACCAGAAAGACUAAUCAGUAGACUACGUACCAUAUCAGUAGAUGACACUGGACCUAAGUUAACUGUGGUUCGUCAACCGAAAGGACCAGAUGGUUCCAAGGGAUUCUUAACAGAGGCACGUGUAAAACGUAUACCUGGUGCCGUACCUAAAUAAUAAUUCUGAUAGACACUGCUUAGUCAAAGGUUAAUUCAUUCUCAUUCAUGUCAUAUUCAAAAAAACUAGCAACUAACUACUCUUGUUUCGUAGCAUUGGAGUUGGAAUAACGUAAUGUAUUAUAUAAAUUAAGCCAUAUAUAAGUAAGAACAAUUUUUUUUCGAUUCUAGGCAAGAAUAAUAAUACGAGUUUAAAUGUUUUUAUGUGAAUUAAACACCUUUUUGAUAAUAACUAAAUUUGAUUUCUGCAACGAACUUUUUAAUAUAGUACAUAAAUAUAUAGUUUUUAUCUGGUAGGAAUAGGCAGGUCUAAUAUUUUUCAUUAAUAAAAAUUCAUCAUUUAUUAUUUAUAUAGUACAAUUUAAACAUAUUUAGAUGUAGAUCCUUUAGAAAAUAUUCAUCAUAAUCGGUUAGAAAAUGAAACACUUCGGAAUGUAACAAAUGAAUGUAGAAUAGGAUUGGUUAACAUAAUUAACAAGUGUGUUAUUAGCUUAACAACAUCUGUUGGCAUAUCUACUGUGAAUCAUAAACUUAUCCCAAAUUAGUUUUUAUACUGUAUCUCAAAAAUAGGUUCGUCUUGUUUGGCGCAACUCCUGCUAUUGAGGUCUUACGGAUGAAAAUAAUCAUUCUUUAUAUUUUUCAAUUUCAUUAAUUUUUUUAUACAAACAACGUGUAAAAUGUCUCAUCCAUGGGACAUACGAGGUGGGUCUCAUAAGUACUUAGCUUACAAAAGAAAAACAAAAAUGUUGUGAACAAUGGUGAUUUAAUUCUGAACAUAGUGUCCUUUUAGCUCGAUUCACUUGACCCAUCCAUGCUCCAACUUCUUAAACCCAUCUGAACAAUAGAUUUUCUCGAAAGUCUGCAAAUAAGGCUUUGAACUCCUCAUACCACUUAAUUUUCUGCCCGGUGAGUGAGUUUUUCAAGUUUAGAAAGAAAUAUAAGUCAUACAGGGCCAAAUCUGGAAAAUACAGUGGAUGGGACAGCAUUCUUAGCCCAAUUUGGUUAUGGCAACAACGGAGUUGUGAGCCGGUGCGUUGUCACGGUGGUAGAGCACUUUUUUCUUCGUCAAAUGGGGCCGUUUUUCGUCAAUUCGGCGUCGAAUUGGUCCAAUAAUUGGUAUAGUUGAUGUGACCAUUUUGCCCUUUCCCAGGAAGUCGGUGUAGAUCACACCUUGUGGAUCCCAGAAAACGGUGGCUAUCACGACAGUCUUCGCCUUCUUCGGAGCACGUUCGCGGGUUGACGUCCACUGUUUCUUGGACUCUGAUGUGUACCAGUGGAUCCAAGUUUCGUCGACGGUUCUGAAACAACGUAGAAACUCCUUCGGAUUACGCUUAAACAGCCUCAAACACUGCUUUGAAGUGGUCUCACGGUUGCGAUUGUUGUCCGGAGUGAACAAACGCGGCAUCCAUCGCGCUGACAGCGGUCUCGUGUCUAAAAUGCCAUGCUGGAUAUGACCCACGCAGUAUUUUGAGACAGCUACUAUCUCAGAUAUCUCACGCACCUUCAGUCGGCGGUCUGCCAAUUGAAGAUCGUGGAUUUUUUCAUGUUAUCCUCCGUGGUAGCUCUUUUUGGGGCACAUGUUUGUGGCUUAUCAAAAACCGACGUGCGACCACGUUGAAACUCGUGAAACCAAUUUUUGACGGUCGCCAUCGAAGAAGAGUACACAUCACCCAAACGGUCUUUGAUUUCGCUGCGCGAUUGCCUUUCCAAAAACAAGAAUCGAAUCACCAACCGAUAUUUCUAGACGCGCCCGCUUCCAUUCGCGGUCUACGAGACGAGUCCGAUGUCUACGAGAAUGUAUUACACGUUAGCAGAUUUCUCUUGCGAUAGUAGCGCCAUCGGACAGUGAGGCUAAGUACUUAUCCGACCGCUUACGUAUACGAACCAGUGGAUUGCAUUAGUAGAACAAUUCACCCAACGGAGCAUGCUGCGGUUCAUAUUUAGAUUGCGCAUUGGCGAGCAUAUUGUUCGUAUAUUACUUUUUACAUUGAAAUAUAUUAGUACUAGUAUUGAGAGAUAUGCUGCGUACCAUGUGCGGAUGUAGUAUAGUGCAUGGUAGGAUAGUGUUUUAUGGCCUUUGUUUUAAAUCUUUUUACAACUAUAAACCCCUUUUAAUUCUAGACGUCAUGGAUCUCGACACGUGCCGAUGAAUGCCGCACAUUAUAAUGCACAAUCGGCACGUGUCUACAGCCUUGACAGGCGUACGAACAUUAUAUCUUUACCUGUACUAUACUUGUAAUAUUUUAUCGAAUGUUUCGUAGAUAGCUAUAGUGCUCACCUAGAUCAAGAUCCCUAACGUUAUUGAAAACAGCUUUUAAAAAGUGUAAUACGUUGAUGCAUUAUUACAAACAAUUUUUAUACAAUAAUAGACAAACAUAUUGUUUAAAAAAUAGGACGUAAUUCAUAGAUCAAUAUUAUUGUUGAUAUGAUAAACUGAUAAGAUUCUUGCAGAAAUUUUUAAAUUGUAGACAAAAAUCGCGUAAUGAUAUUUAACGGUUAAUUUAUUUAAUAUUCUUGCCUAGAAGUUCCUUCAGUGGAGUCCAAAAUAAAAAAUAUACUCAACUUUCCCGAUAGUUUGCGAAGAUUUGGUGCAUAGUUUCCAGUUUAGAGCAAAGGGUUUGAGCAAUAAAACUUUUGUAAACAAAAGCAGUUUAUAUCUGUGGAUAUUGCCUUGUAUGUAGUAUAAGCAGACUGUUAAAUGUGAAUUUUUUUACCAUUAAUUUUAAUUUUCGACAGGUCAUAACCAUGGACAUAAAUCAGUAACAAAUUAUAUUUAAAAAAAUGUUAACUAAAUAUUUAUGUUCGAAAUAGUCUCGCAAUAAAGGAAAUCUCUAAAUUUUUAAAUGUGCAGUGUAGUUUUACUCAAAAGUACCAUUAGACUGGAAGAUUACAAUUUACUAUGGCAAUCUGCUUCGUCGAUUAUUAAAGGGAAUUUAAAAAAUACUCCACUACAAUUGCAACAAAAUCUAAACAAAGGUCAAAUUUGGUUAAAAUGUACACCAAUAGUAGUAGCUAAUAUUUAUACAUGUUGAAAUUGUGAACAAAAACAAGUUAUGCUGUGCUUGAUAAAAAUUUAAAACUUAAAACAAAUUAAACACUGCUUAGAAACCAAAAAAAAUUGAUAAUCCAUUGACAAAUAUUAAAUACAAUGAAUUUAUUAUUAGGAUACAGAGUUAAGGUAUUAGAAUAUGAUCUAGAGAAGACUGCAUCCAUAAGUAAACUGUACAUUAUAAGACCUUUUGUAAUUUUUAUUUAGAACCCGUUUAGGUGUAAUAUUAUUAGUUUGCAGUCUGCCAGUACCCGCAACAGCUCUUUAUGCCAGAAUUUGUGGGGUUAUUCCUAAAUACUUGGGGUAGCUAUAUAUUUGCAAAUAUUUUCACCACAAUAGGCACGUAUUAGGCAAAUUAGAUCCAAUUGAUUUUUAUAAAUGUAUUUUCCUUUCUGAUCGUCAGAAGAAAUUCACUGUGUAAAUGGCUGUAAAUGUUUCAUUAUCUCAUGACACUGGUGCCAUAGGACAUGGAAAAGUUACUGUGAAAUCUGUCUAGCCUGUCAGUGUUUUUAAUGCUUACUUAUUUGUUCGCGCGUGUGAGUUCAUGAGAUUGUGAAACAGAAUAGUUGAGCAAGCGCCAAACAUAAUUAGAUUUUGACAGACAAAAACAGCAUGUUUACAAUAUGAUUGAUAAUGCAAUCAUAUCAGAUAAGAAUUGUACCAUGAAAUUGUAUUGAAUUUCAUAAAGAAAACGUGACAUCACGUUAGUGAUUAUAGAAGUUUCUUUUGUAUGGAUACAUUUGUCACAGCAUAAGGACCGUUUCGUUUUAAUAUAAAUAGUUAUGUGACUCGAAGUUUUAGAAUCUACACAAUGCUAAAUCAUACUAGGGCGGUCUGAGAAGUACUUAGUCUUUAAAAGAAAAAGGGAAAUUUUGGAAAAGUGGUGAUUUAUUUGUGAACGUAUUCUCCUUUGAGCUCGAUACACUUAAACCAGCGAUGAUUCGAUUUCUUUAAACCUGAAAAAUAUUUUUUCUCGAGGUCUGCAAAGUAGGCUUCCGUGGCGGCGAUGAACAUUAGACUAAAAUGUCUGCCCGGCGAGUGACUUUCUCAAGUUUCUAAACAAAAAGAAGUCGUACAGUGCCAAAUCUGGAGAGUACGGUGGAUGGGACAGAAGUUCGCAGCCCAAUUCGACCAGUUUGGCCAUUGCGAGAGGCGGAAGUGUGAGUCGGUGCGAUGUCAAUUCGACGUAGAAUCGGCCCAAUAAUGUGCAUAGUAAUGCUAUGAGACCGUUUUGCCCUUUUCCAGAAAGUUGAUGUAGAUCACACCUUGUCAAUCCCAAAAAACGGUGGCCAUCACAUUUGCGGCCGAUAGGACAGUCUUCGGAGCACGUUCGCGGGGUGACGUCUACUGUAUGGACUGUUCCUUGGUCUCUGGUGAGUACCGGUAGGUCCAUGUUUCGCCGUUGAUUGUGAAGGAAUGUUAGUCCAGGGCGCAUCUGUUUUGAGAUGGACGUUGAGAGGUGACUCAAAUUUUUUUGCAGAAAUUGCUUGAAAGUAACUCAAAUAAUAAUAUUUAAGUUAUCCUCCCACUCAAAAUGGUUCGGAACAUUGUUUAAAUAAUCAAAAUGUCAAAAUAUGAAGGAAAAAUUCGAUUUUUUUAUUGGUUUUUUGAUUAUAACUUUAAAACUAUUCAUUUUUGAGAAAAGUUGUACUAACAUAAUAGUUGCGUAAUUAAAUUUCCUACAAUAUAGAAUUGGUUAAAAAUUUAAAAAAUUGUCACCCUUGUUGCAAGAUAGCAAAAAUUGCGAAAAAAACCAUACAAAAACAAGUAUUCGCAUUUUACGUUUUUCAACCAUUUAUGCUACACUUAGGACCUUCAUAUUUUACCCAGAAAAACUUAUGGUAUAAUAAAACAACACUGUAAAUUUCAUUAAGAUUGGUUUAAUAGAUUUUGCAAUAUAAAUUUUGCAAUCCAGCUUUCGCAAAAAAAAUUCAUUUUUUUAAAUGUUGCAGGACUGAAAAUAAAGCAGAUAGCAAGUUGAUUUUUUUUUUGCUUAUAGAAGUGUACUGUACCUUUCAUUUGCAAUUUGCAAAAUUAAAAUCGAUUAAUUACCACGGCGUCAGGAAAUUUUUUAAAUAAACAUUAAUUUUUGGUGCUACGCGCAGGACAGCGAUGUUCGAUUCACACCAGUUGAUAUCCACCAAAAUUUCUUUCAUUCUUUAUCUAAUAUUAUUUUCUUACUCUAUAUUUUGUUGUAUUUUAAUAUUUUAAUUCCACAAAUAUCAAACUAAUUUUAUUAUUGUUUGUGAAAUAUUGUUUAAACAAUUGCAUAUGUUUAAAAAUAAUAAACUUUUAUUCUCUAAGUUACAAUAUAUGAACAAAGAAAGUUUUUGCUAAAAAAAAGUGUUAUUUCAAAGGAUAGAGUAUGUGUUUUUAUUUUGCAAUAAACAAAUUAAUUUAUUUAUAUCGAAAUGUAAUAAAAAUUAAAAUGUAUCAAUCAUUAUCAAAGGUCAUUGGAAUGCCCAAUCAGAGCAAAUUAUCCGCUGUCCUGCGCGUAGCACCAAUAAUUAAUGUUUGUUUAAAAAAAAUUCCUGACGCCGUGGUAGUUAAUCGAUCUUAAUUUUGCAAAUUGCAAAUGAAUGGUACAGUACACUUCUAUACACAAAAAAAAUUUCAACUUGCUAUCUGCUUUAUUUCCAGUCCUUGUAAUAUUUUCAAGAAAUGAAUUUUUUUUGCGAAAGCUGGAUUGCAAAAUCUAUUGAACCGAUCUUAAAGAAAUUUACAGUAUUGUUUUACUGUAUCAUAAAGUUUUUUUGGGUGAAAUAUGAAGGUCUUAAGUGUAGCAUAAAUCGUUAAAAAACGUAAAAUGUGAAUACUUGUUUUUGUAUGGUUUUUUCGUAAUUAUUGCUAUUUUGUAACAAGGGUGACUAUUUUUUAAAUUACUAACCAACUCUGUAUUGUAGGAAAUUUAAUUACGCAACUUUUAUAUUAGUACAACUUUUCUCGGAAAUGAAUACUUUUAAAGUUAUAAUCAAACAACGAAGAAAAAAAUCGAAUUUUUCCUUCAUUUUUUGACAUUUUGAUUAUUUAAACAAUGUUCCGGACCUUUUGAGAGGGAGGAUAACUCAAAUAUUAUUAUUUGAGUUACUUUCAAAUAAUUUCUGCAAAAAAAUUUGAGUCACCUCUCAACGUCCAAAUGUACUAAUAUUUUUACAGAUGCGCCCUGGUCUAUGUAGAAAUUCCUUCGGAUUACGUUUGAAUAGCCUCAAAUACUGCUCUGAAGUGGUCUCAUGGCUACACUUGUUGGUCGCCAUCGAAGGAGAAUAGUCACCGUACACAGCAUCCAAGCGUUCUCUGAUUUCACUGCACAAUUUCCCUUCGAAAAACAGGAAUCGAUUCACCGAUCGAUAUUGUUUUUUUUUUUUUCAUUUUUCUAAAAUCCCCAGACACUCCCACUUCCACACGCGGUCAAAACAAAACUACGAAUCGGAUUUGGCUGAGAUUUUGACAUAGGCCGUUUACAAGAAUGUAUUGUAUGAUAGUAUAUUUCUCUUGAUAUAGUAGCGCCAUCGGGCGGACAGGCUAAGUACUUAUCGGACCACCUACGUAUAUAAUUGAUUCAAAGCCAAGAAAAAGCUCGCAUAAACUCGAACUUUGAAAUUCUUCAUUGUAGAACAAAGCUGGGUUAUUACUCGCCUCAUGGUUUUUAUCUUUAUAUCGCUAACUUAUCCUUUUUAUUUCUAAAUUUUUUGUACAUUAACAACUAUCUUCCAAAGACUUUAAUAAAAAUUAUUCUCUUAGAUAUUAAAAGGGGAUUAAUAUGUUGCUGAUGGAUCCGUAAUUUUUUACAAUGAACCAUUAUAAUGCUUGGUGUUUGCUUAGUGUAAAAAGUAUUACCUGCCGAUAUAAUUAUGAAUUUCUUUUUCUUUCAAACUUAUUUCUUUCUUUUUUUUUUGGAAACUUACAUAUUUUUAUAAAAACCAUAAUAUGGAACUUUUUGUUGGAUAACUUAGUACUUUAUUAUAAUAUCUUUAAUAUGGUUUUAUUCACUUCUAUAAAUCAUUGAAAGCUUCCAAAAAAAUUCUUAGUAGUGUUUAAAAUUAACAUAUUACAAUUAAGAGCGUAGGCGCAAAAUAUCGGACCAGUGCUUUUUAAAAACAUUAUUUUUUUUUCGAAUCCUGAGAAAACUAAUAAAUAUUUUUGAAAAAUGUAAACGCAGAAUGAAACAUUAUUACCGAGGGCCGAAAGUCCUCGUAGAAUAAACAAAAAGUUUCUUUUGAAUGAGAUAUUUGAAAUUAAAAAUCACACUCAAUUUUCUCUUAUAUAAACUCUCUCAAAUAAAAAUUAUAGAAGUUUUCAGGGACUUUCGGACCUCGGUAAUCAUGUAUUCUUUCAUUCCGCGUUUAUUUUUUUCAAAAAUACUUAUUCGUUUUAUCAGGAUUCGAAAAAAUGACAGACAAACUGAACAGAAAGUUUAAAUAUUCCUGAAGUUAUCUAGUUCACACUGUUCGUCACAUAUAGUGUAUCUUUGUCGUCACAACAUUAAUAAUCAAAUGAAUAACUCAAGUUAGAAGCCUGUGACUGGAAGGACAUUUUUGGUACUAAGAAGAAGUAUUAAAAGAUCGUAAAUACAAAAUAAUUUAGUGCUUUAUAUUAUAUUUGAACUACUAUAUUAUUAUGAAAUAAUUUAUGAAAACAGAAGUAGUAAAAGAGGAUAUUGCAGUAUUCAAUUCGUCAAUGGAUAUUUGACUAUUUUUACAGAAUCACUUUCGCUGCACCCAGAAGAAAAGUCAAGUAACGAUAUGUCUGUGAAAUUAUGCGAUCGCCAAAAACAUCUGCAAGCUGUCGAAACUCGAGCUGUAUACACGGUUGCACCAUCUUUUUAAAAAUAUCCGUUUAUUAUUUCAAUUAAAUCAAGUUUAUUUGGAAUGGAUACUGUAUUGCAGUACAGUAUUGUCCUGUGUUUGUUUACUUAACAUUUAUAUUGCAACCACAAUAAAACAUCUAAAAAUUGCGAUAUACUACAAAGAAUGCAAUAUUUUACAGAAAUAGAAAGAGUGUAUCUGAGCUCUCUCGUUACAUACGAGAGUGGUCGGAAAAUUUCUGAGUGGGAUACGGAAAUCGUCAAUUUAUUUAUCAAAAAAGAUUUAUUUUGAACAAAAUCUCUAUAAAUACAUUUCGUUAUGCUUGCCUGUGGUGUUUCACUGAGGGGCUGCAAAAUAUAAUCCACGGUCGCAAUAGCUUCGUGAUUGGAUGAAAUGAGCUUCAAUGAAACCGAACAAAUAAUGUUACAUCAUGCACUUUUAUUCCCGUGUGAUUUUCAACGUACUUCAGUAAAGAAAAUGAAAGCUCAGUUGAACUGAGAAAACUGAUAAAUAGAAAAAAAACGCUAAAAAACUGUUACCUCCAAAUUAUGAUACAGAUUUAAGCCUUAGUGCACGAACACAGUGGAAGCAAGUUUCUGCUUACGGCCAGUUCGCGUAGACUCGCUUUUAUACGUUUUUAAAAUGAAUGCACGUUUUUAAAUGUACACGUGCAUAGUUAAAGCAGGUUGGCGCCAGCAACUCGCUGCAACUUUCUUUCUUUUCAGUUUAGUCAAAACAGAAUCAAAAGCAAUCAUAUCGUCAUCAGAAGACGACAUUUUGCUAGAAGUUGUCGACCCAACUGACACAUUUGAAGGAUUUUUCUCGCUUUUACCGGUAUUCACUGUAUUACCAUUCACGCGCGAGAUAACCUCGCGAAUUGUACGUAAGAGGAAACCUGCUUCCACUUGUUUGUACCCUUACUAUGACACCGCGCCAAUGACGCAAAUUUGGUUUUUCUAAUAUUGAGAGUACUUUUCGAUCUCCCCCUUUCAUUUCGUGUCGGAAGUUUGUCAGAGAAUUAGGUAAAAAGUAUCGACGCGAAAAAAGUAUCUUGCAUGAGAUUACACUUUUAUGGUAUCUCUAGAUUAAUUUUUGUAGUUGAUCAUAUGUAGCCCAUCUCUUUCUGGCGUUAUAUCUUGUAUAGUGAAGAUCAUCGGAUAAUUUUAGGGAUAUUUAUAAAUUUUCAAUAUUCUUCUAAAGAAAAUCACUCAUAGAUUUAAUAUUAUAAUAUAUCAAUCGCAUAUUUGUAUCAUUAUUUAUAUUGUUUAAAACAGUUCGACACUCCGGUCUGUAGUAAUAUUUUAAACAAAUUUGAAUAUUAUCGACUAAAUAGUUACAAAGUUAUUGUUCAAAUAUUAAAUUAUUAUUAAGUAUUACGUUGGUAUGUUUAUCUUAUGACUAUAUUGGGUUUUUUUGUUUGAAUAUGUUAUUUUUUGAAUAUGCAGCUCAUGCGAUGUGAUACAUUCGAAAUGUUUGUGUUUUGUUAAACGUCUUUUAUGUUUUGUUUGCGCUGUUGGUAACAUGUGAUUUAAACUAGUACAAUAUUCAAAUUCGUUUAAUAAUAUUAACUGAUUAAAUCAAAACGCGCGGAUUUUAAACAAUUUGGCGUAGUUUGAAUAAAUCUUAAGAACCUCAGUAUUUCACGAUGAACUUUGAAUUGACUUUGUGAAUUAGAACCAUUCUUGGAUAUGAUAUGGAAAUAUAUUUGUUGUAAAAUAUGAACUGACUUUUAUAUGUCCAUGAAUGGGAUAAUUGUGAGUUAUUAGAUAACAAAACAAGCUACGUUGUUCUGUGAUAAAUUAUUCAUUACCAACCAAAAUAACUCAUUUCUAAAUAUUGAUAAACAAAAAUCUUCAUCUCAACCAUUUUUUAUCUUUUUUUUUUAUUUAAUGUAGUUAAGUAAUUUUUUUAAUGUAAUUUUACGUUUUUUUGUUUAACUUGCGAUGCUGUGGGUACUGUGAUGCAGUUCUUGACAAAAUGAUUACAAAACAUUUAUUCAAUGUGGAUUAUCUUUCUAUUUGUAAAUUGUUUUAAUUUUGAAAGAAGUAAAUAUAUAAGUGAACUAUUAUAAA